UGGAACACAGAGUUUCCUCAUCUUGCAGUCAGGUGCUUCAGCGUGAGCUUCUGAGAUCACUUGAAAUAUUAACAGAUGCGAGCUGGAGUUACUAUAUAAAUCCUCGACACGCUCCCAGUUUCCGUGACAACGUGAGCUGGAAAAGACGGGGACACAUCGAUUGCUCGCAUCUGUUUGGUGAGAUUCCUUCAUUUUUCGUUCUUUCUUAAGAUUAGGCAGCAGAAAAGAAAAAUCAUCUUUUUGUGGAUUCUUGAACAGGCACCAUCGAUGCGUCUAAUAUUCUAUCAAUCAUUCAAAAGGUUCAUUUCACGCAUGUGUGCCUAAACAGAGUGGUUAAACCUACCGCCUUAAUUCGUCCAAUGCGCACGUGAAAUAUGAAGGAUGAGAUCUUUUUUUUAUUCGCUUGAGAGUGGAGUGAAGUGGCAAAAGCCCAGCGUAAGUCAGUAGAUGCCUUGUUAAUACACUAAUUAAGCCAUCUUUCUAUGCAUGCCUGGGAAGGCAAACAGAGAUGAUAUUCAUGAAUUUCAUUUUCGAAAUACGUAAAAAAAAUGGAUCUAGUGAUAAUUCAUGGAAGCAAAACAGCUGGUUUCGUAUGACGUCCCAAGGAGGAUAUCGACUAUUGUGACGCUCAACAUCUUCAUGUAUCAUUCCCUAACUUGACUUUGAAGAUCAAAAGAAUGCAAGAAAUAUGGACGAGUAAGUUUAUUUUGGUCAAAUGGAUGCUGCAUUCGUUUAACGAGAAGACGGACGGAAAGUCGAUUUCGGUUUCUCGAACAUAAUGAUGAAAGCCUUUUUGGGGGACAUCCUCCUGUAUCUUUAUUUGACCGAAUUUUAUCCUGGAAGUUCUGCCUGAAAAUGUAUAUAACAGUGAAAUAAAUCUUAUUUUGAACUUCAGAUUGGAUAUUCAUGGAUACCAUAACCCCAAUUAUCAUAUUUGACUGACAUUUCUGUUUAAUUUCAAGACAUGCACAGCUGACCUAUGUACAAGCCAGUAAUCUGUUGAGAAUAUUCAGAACACAGGAUGAGAGAAAGAGACACUGUGACAGCUUGAGAGAGCGAAAAUGCCAAACCAUACACGUAUGCUUAAUGACCCUAUAUAGUUAGCAUUUUUAUGUCUUGACGCUACUUCAAAUACAUCAACACAUUAGAUGUGAUGAAGUUUACCAACUUCUGUUCUGUGACUAGUGAAAUAUGAUAGCUACGUUGACGGUUGUACACAAUCGAAUUAUAUACACGUAUUAUCUGGUUAUGGUAUGUAAGAGAUCAUAUCGUAUCCCAAUCUGACAAGGCACACCGUAUCGCUUCUAGCAUUGAUACGUACCGACUUUUUUCCGUGUACUUCCUUGAAAAGAAAAAAAUCCAUGAAAAUACAAACUGUUUUCCCGGGUUUUUUUAAUGACAUCAGACUGUUCUCGGCACAAGAAAGAGAGAGUUGGUUUCUGCGAGGCUUCUGAAACUUACACGGUUACAAUCAAGCACGCAUUUCUACAUUUAUCAGUCCCGGCGAUCAAAGCUGUCAACGAGUAAACCAGCCGAAUAAUGCCGUCAUCUACUGAGAGUUUGUCUUAACCAUGUUAACGCGCCCCUGUAUAGAUCAUUUUGGCAUAAUUGUGGGUCAUGAACGGACUUAAUGAGAAACCCUAGACACUACCCGAGACACUUCCCCGCUGUCGCCGUUCCGAUGGCUUGUUCGAUAGAGAGAUUAGCAUCAACUCCCCAUUCCUCUCUCACAUAUUCGUCGAAGUGAUAUUAAUAAAUAAUAUGUGGAAUAUCUGUCGCCAUCCAGUAUCAGCAUUGUGGAUUAUUAAACAAUUGUCGAAAUUUUGACGCUGGAGUUCCAUGCCAGUAUUGGCAGGUUUCCUCAUUCAGAGGGAAAAAUCCAGAAAAUGAAUGAUAAUACUUGAUGAAAAUCGCACUUGUAAUUGAAAGGCUUUGUACCAAACGGAACGGAAACACGUCUUUGUACUAUUUAGUGACAAAACGCAGCUAAUUUACACUCUCAUCAUUGAUGCAAUUAUAAUCGCAGUGACUUGUACUUUUACAAAAUUAUCAAUUGAUGUAAACUGCCCCACUUAUCUUUCGAAAAACUAAUUAAACUAAUCAAUCGAUAGAAAAAAAAUUGAUCGAUGAUAUACGUGGGAUGCCUAGCUGCUGUGCGGUUUAACUGAGAAGGCAAUGUCAGACAGCUUUUCCCGCAUGAACGAAUCUGGAAGCGUGGGCAUGAAUACCUGAUGACUGGAGAUGUUACAUCUUCGGUUACUGAACCCUGAAAUUUCUGGAUUUCCCUCACAUCCAGCAUCACUCACUUUCCUGUUCGUAAUUAUUUAUAAUUAUUUACAAUUAUUCAUAACCUCAUAACACUUUAUGCAACGGUUUCAAUAAAUGAUUUGGCGUUGCCCGCAUUUUACUCCAACGAACUACACUCCGCCCUCAUUUUUCAAAGAGCCAUUUACUGAAAAGACUCGGUAAGGAGCGGUGCUGAAAACUUUCUGUGCCUUUUAAUACGAAUAGGUUGUCUUGAAGGAAAUUAGUUACUAUGAGACACUAUGAGAGAUACGUUUGCUGUGACUGAUCCUUAGUAUUAUGCCGUCAAAGUCAAUAUUCUCUGACUGAAUGAAGUAUUUCUUCAUUUUUAUUUGGAUUUCUCGAAAUUAAAUGUAUAGGAAGUGUUGUUUAGAAGUCUCUUGAACAUUAUUUUUUCUGUAAAACAGAGGACAUUCGAAUAUUUUUAUCUCUAUACAGAAAAGCUUUCAAAACGCACCAUGCUCUUCAAAUCCAUUCUGAUUGCGGGGUUCCUCUGCAUAUUUAUCAUCGGUGUCUGUGCUAACGCCCUGGUAAUCCUGUUAUCUUUCAAACCCAGUGGAAAUGUCAAUGUUAACGUCAACGUCAAUACAAUCAACACCUACCUCGUCAACAUGGCCGGAGCGGACCUGCUCUACAUAUUCGGCUGUCUAUUCUACACACUGACGAACUACAACCAAGACGGAUGGCUCUUUGGUGACGUAGGCUGUCGGUUGAUCCUAAGCAUCGACGUCCUCACCAUGCACGUUAGUGUUUACAUCCUCACUGUGAUGAGCAUUGAGCGCUAUGUGGCUGUUGUCCAUCCGAUGUUGUCUCUGAAGUACCGGAGUGUCGGCUUCGCUCGGGUUAUCGUGGCGGUAAUCUGGGUAUCUGCCUUGAUAUUAGCGACACCAAUGGUGGCCAGUAUGGCAUUGACUCGAAUUCAUGACGGUCACGGAUCUGUAAAAUACACUUGCGCUUGGACGCUGAACGGAGAUGAUUCUCUUUCCACCUACAUGAUCUCAGUCUUUCUUAUCACCUUCGCCAUUCCGUCCAUUAUCAUGGUAAUUGCCUAUUUGCUCCUCAUGGCACAUUUUUGUCAGGUCAGGUCAGAGCGUACUGGUAGCCAACAGGUACGACGAUCGAAACGUCGAGUAGCACAAAUCGUGUUUCUGGUAGUUCUGGUCUUUUGGAUAUGUUAUACUCCAUUUUGGGUCUACCAACUCACCGUCCUGCAUGUUGAAAACUUUGAUCCUAAGCAGAUUAUGGGGCUCGUCACUCUAAUUAUAUCAUACCUUAAUUCUUGUUUUAACCCUUUUCUCUAUACUCUUUUGCCAAAGAGGUAUAACGUCUGGCAAAAGAUGAGGAAACAGAGUUCCUUUUCCGCCCCAAAAUAUCGUCUUACGGGUAGACCAGAAGUAUGCGACUCUCUUUAAAUUAGAAUAGGGCGUUUCCGCAACUACGAUGCGGAACGCUUUUGGGAACACAGAGAACGUAUUGUCAAAUGCCCUUCAUGAUAAUGAAGUCUUUGUCGAGGGUUGGUGACUUGAAACAGCAGUUUCGUCCUGGACUCUGCUGUUCCGAUUCGCUAAAUUUUGACAAAGCCCUCCGAGCAUUUCAUUAUGACUUGAUUUGCAUUUCUAAUGCAUUUGCUGUGUUCUAGGAUUCUUUAUGCGUAUUUUGCCAUUAAGACGACGUCCCAUAGUUUUAUUUUUCUACUAAGAUAGACUGUGUAAUUUUAUGUCUAUAUAUUGUUAGAAUAAUCUUUGUGAUCAAUGGGUUAAUUCCAACAAAAUAAUUUCACUGCAAUUGGGAUCUGUUACAUUCUUAGAAUAGUGC